AUGGAUGAGAUGCUAAGUGUCGACAGUUCAACACCGUUUCGGACGCCCAUUUUUAACUCACUCGAUAUGCGCGAAUCUAUUAAUCAAGCACUCAUCCAGAUCACCAAUAUCCCUAAAGAGAUAGACAUGGCGAAGCUGGGAUAUGGUGCACUUGCAGCUGUCGGAGGUGCUUUGCUCUAUGCAAAUCUCCCGACAAGUUGGACUAUCGGCGCCGUGGUUCCGUCGGUGGACUACCUUUCCAAAGCAAAAUUAAUUCCUAUCAUCGACGACGAAUCUCGUAUUGAUGAGAAAAUAUCAGUACUGGCUUCUUCAUUGUUUGACAAGGGACCAACUAUGGUGAUGGCGGUGCGUCGACCAGGUUGCAUGUUCUGUCGCAAAGAAGCUGCCGCUCUCAGCUCACUCGAGCCAGAACUGAAAUCAGCCGGCAUUGAGCUGGUUGCUGUGGUCCACGAAACAAAGGGCGUGAACGAAUUCAAGCCAUAUUUCAAAGGUGACGUCUACUUCGACAAGGAGCGCCACUUUUACGGACCUAAUCAGCGCUGGCUUCCUCUGUGGAUGGGAUUCCUUCGGAUUAAGACGUAUUUGAACAUUUAUAAGACCAAGAAAGCUGGAUUUGUCGGUAAUACGGACGGUGAAGGACGACUUCUUGGAGGAGUUUAUUUGGUUUCGAAUGACGAAUUGAUCUACACGCACUUGGAAAAGGAAUGGGGAGAUGCUGCUAACAUCGAGGAAAUCCGAGAUGUCAUCAAGAAAUUCAAGUAG